AUGGCGCUCGACGACUUUAUCUACAAUGCGGAGCACGGUGUAGUCGUGUGUCGGAGCUGUGCCACUUGCCUCGUUCCUCGCGAGCAAAGUUGGCGGCACCACUUGCGUGCAAAGCCACACGAGCUCCUGCGCGAGUCGCUCCAGCGCACCGUCGACCAUCUCGCCACCUACUCGCUUCGCUCUUCCGAUGAGCUGCGAGCGCAGGCCAAAAACGCCAGCCGCCAACCUCACCCGUGUCAAGUCAUUCCCGGCCUCGCCCUAUACGACGGCUUCAUCUGCCACUGUGCUCCUGGCGAUUGCACUUACAUGACUCGUCGCAUCAAAUUGAUGCGCGAUCACCUCACUGUUCACGACAAUAAGGGCAAACAGCACUCUGACGCCACUCCCCUCUGGCGCGUCUGCAAGCUUCAGACCUACUUUACCGCCAAGGGUAUGAUCGACUACUUUGAAGUCGAGGACGCGGCACCGACAAUAUCUCAGCAAGCCGCACCACUCGACAUAUCCCCCUCAUCUUCGUCUUCUUCUACGUCCAUAUCUGCCACUGCGGUUCAGCAUGCGCGGUCGCAAUUCCAUCAAGUCAUCAAAGACCAAAUUUGUCACCGUUCUCGGCUGUCGGACGUGGGCCGAGAUGCACUCCGCUUUGAUUCUCGUUCGGAUUUCGAACCCUGGCUGGUGACCACCGGCUUUCCAACCCAUCUCGACGGCUUGCGCGACGCUGAGAUUCGCUCUUCGUAUCUGCUGCCUGCUAGCCUCGACGGGAAUGCCCUCCUUGACGGCUCUUCAGAGGCCUCGAGUGACAGUCAUCUCCGGCGCAUCCUCAUUGCAGCCGAGCACACGCUACGAGAUGCUCACCGGCUGUGCAGUGACAGGUCUCCCGACCGCAAACUGACGCAGCAGCGCGCACUCACGCUCAACUAUUUCCGAUUGAACGAUGCAAGCGACGCUGCAACCUCGAGAGAGGCCUAUCUUCGCUGCCCCAAGAACAAAAAUCUGCUCCUACUUACAUACUACUACCGCGUCGUAUACCGCUCCGAUGGUCACUUUACCAGCAAUGCUGCGGGGCACCCUCUUCGUCAUGACGUGAUCAAGCCGACGCUAGAGCAAUCGCAGGCAAUGGACGCCAUCGUCACGGCACUGAGAUUGCAAGAUGCGUUCGCGACUUCAACCGCAAGCAGCGCUGACAUGGCCAUCGACGACGACCCCACUGCCACCGCAGAGCUCGACGACCGACUCAAGAAGGCGAUUCGCGACCUCUUCGUAUCGCUCAUCUGCUGUCGGAUCGGAAACAGACCAUUCCAGUCGGCCUUGCUCAGCUUCUGUGCUAUGCGCAGUCGAACGCUGGUACAAGCGGUCGAUGGCUCGCUCCACGCUCGUGGCCGCUACAAGUGGCGCGAGCCGAAGAACUACAUUGGCGAUCUGUCCGCGCUCAUAUGGACGUCCCAGUUGAUACUCUUCGAUGCGAUUCUGCUUCGACUCGAGCAAACGUGCCGCACCUACUGUCACGCUAUGGCAGAGACUCCUUUUGGGCAAAUGCUGCAGUGGUCAUCGCAUCUAUUUGCAGCGUCCAUGAACACCAUCGCCGAACAACAGGUGCGUUGGUCAAUCGACGGCUUCACGCUUGACUACAAAGGCACCAAGAUGCAUAUGGACCACAUCUCGCAGCUGGUGGUCAGUGAGUACAAAGUUGCCUGCCGGAUUCUCUACGACGAUCUUCUUCUCGGCAUCACCGACACGCCGCGCAUCGAGCCGUGCCAGGUCCACGACGAUCUCGACCAAGACGAAGAGGGUGCUUCGUGGCUCACUGACGCGCGCAAUGCAGAACUGCUAGCAGACGCUCAGCUUGCCGUCUGGAACAAGAUCCUAGCGAGCCCAGAGCUAGAGCGCACCUUUGUUCGACAGCUCGAUCCUGGCAGUUCCAACGUCGGCUUCUGCCCAAGGGCUAUCGCUCUCUACGAGACGCGUGUCCAAGACUUUCUCGAACGAUUGCUGGUCAUGAUCCACAUUUCUUCCAGUCCACCGCUGCGAUCGCCGGAACUGCUGUCUGUGAUUGUAUCUAAUACAGAUGCUCGGCGUCGCUCCGUGUUCGUAUGGGAGAAGAGCGUUCUCCUUCGUGUCCGCUACCACAAUAGCCUCGAGUUGACCGGCGCAGCAAAGGAUAACCUCCGAUUCCUGCCUUCCGAGAUCGGUUCUCUUUUUCUCACCUUUCUUGCCUUUGUUCAACCUUUGCGAGAGGUGUUUCUUCGCCAGAACCAGCCCGAGGCGCGUCUCUCGCCAUAUCUCUGGUCCAAAAUGGAUGGCUCCGUGUGGAAGGUGGCAGCGUAUCGGCCUGCCUUUCGCGAGCGUGCCGCCUGGUGGCGGCAAGUUGCCGCCUCGAUCAUCAAAGAAAAGUUCAGCCAGCAGCAGCGUGCACACUUUGACUUGGACGACGUCGAAGCCUCUGAGGAGAUCGAAGACGAGGAGGACCUUGCCUACCUGGCCGGCAUGAGCAAUCACAGCGUCAGCACGCCCAAGCCAUGCCUAUGCUGCUUGAUCCACCACGCCUAUCACGCCUCAGACAGCUGGCGCACACUGCUCAACAUCGAUGCAAAGCUGCUCGCCGAGCGACUGGGUCCAGGCUCCUGUGCCGCAGCUCGGCGGUCUUUGCAGCCGCACGUCAGCGUUCUGGGCCGACUCGCAUCUCUUGGCCAGUUUGCUGAAGCGAGCUCUCAAGGGCAGCGAUCGAGACUCGCAUUUGCAUCUCCCAUCUCUGUGGUCGCACACUGGACGGCACGGGAUCGAACGACGCAGGUGCUGGCGGGGUGGUCCUCGAUCGGGCCAAAGCCACGUCCCAUUCACGCUCUCUCCGGAACUCCAAAGCAAUCAGCGAUGAGCUUAUCAAACUCUAUAUUGAUGGUUGGAAAGGACAGCGCUGGCUUCGAUCUCCGAUGCGCCGGACUAGCGCCUGACAUUUGA